AUGGCAGACUAUUCGCAAUAUCAGGGCCCGAACCCCGAGUGGGAGGAAUUCGUUCGAGUGACUCCGAUCCCGCCUGCUGGAUUGGCACCGGGGCAAACGCCGACAGACCUCAGAAAUGUAACGAACGCUCUGCGCGAGACGGUGUCCAAAACAGCUCUUCAGGCGUCAGGCCUCCUGGACAAAGUGAGCUGGCACGACGUGGCCAUUCCCACACGGGACAAUUCUUCGGUCCCGGCGCGGGUCUACAAACCCAAGGGUAUCAGUGAAACGACGACGACAGGACCACCUCUUCCCGUCUACCUCUUCUUCCACGGCGGCGGCUACCUGUUCGGCAGCCUGGACACGGAAGAUGCCGCCUGCGCGAGAGUGAUUGCCAUGUCCCCGACGCCCGUCAUGGUCGUGCACGUCAACUACCGCCACACGCCGGACUUCAAACACCCGACGCAGCACAACGACGCGUGGGACGCGGUUGUGUGGCUCGGACAGAACAUCGCCUCCCUCGGCGGCGAUCCCCAGAAGGUGGUCGUGGGCGGCAUCUCUGCCGGGGGCGGCCUCGCCGCGGCGGUCGUUCUCCAAGCACAGCAACAAGAAGCUGUCAGUAACAACUUGAAAAUCGUCGGCCAACUGCUCCUCAUCCCGUGGAUCAUCCACCCGAAGGCUUACCCGUACGACCUGCUAGCCUCGAAAGAGCGGUCCAGCUUCGUGCAGAACGAGCACGCCCCGGUCCUCCCGCACUCGCAGAUCAACCUGUUCAUCGACGUCUUUGACGGGCCCGACACCGAUCCCACGGACAUCCUGCUCAACCCGCCGCUGGCCCCGGAUGAGACGGUCAAGGGCAUGCCCAAGUCGGUCGUCGUGGCGGCGGGCAUGGACCCGUUGCGGGAUGAAGCGCUCCUGUACGCGGACAAGCUGAAGAAGAAUGGGGUCCCGACGAAAGUACAUGUCUUUCCUGGACUGCCUCAUGGCUUCAGACGAUUCGAGACCCUGAAGGCCAGUGCACGAUGGGAUGAAGUGAUUGUCGAGGGCAUCCAGUGGUGUCUUUCAGAUGACGGCGAGAGCUCAACCAAGGUCGAACUAUGA